AUUUUUGGUUGUUCAAACAAUGACAUCCCAAUCCUUAAUUCCCACUUUUCUUCAUUUGUGAACUCACUUCUUUUGAAAACCCUAAAUUUCUAAGCAUAAUCAGCUUCUUUCUCAUCAACAUUCAGGAUUUUGUAUGAAGUGAUCAUUGAGAGAUGACUACAAUAUCCUUAGUAGCUGGGAAUUGUGGAAGAGGAAGAGGAUAUGAAGAUGGGAGGUUUGAAUUCAGGUCAAAUUUAUAUCUUGGGAAAGAUUUUUUGGCUAGUGACUUGUUUAAUAAUAAUCCAUUUCGAAGAAGAGCAAAUGGGUGUUUGUCAAAAGCUUUAAAAGGUUUCGAGAAUGGAAACGGGAGGAGGUUUCGGGUUAUUGCGAGAGUUAAGAAAGGGAAGAAGCAUGAUUACCCUUGGCCGGAUAAUAUUGACCUGGAUAUCAAAGACGGGCACUUGACUUACUUGUCUCAUUUCAAGCCUUUGGCUGAGAAACCGAAACCGGUGACCUUACCAUUUGAGAAGCCAUUGGUUGAUCUUGAGAAAAAGAUUAUCGAGGUAUGCAGAAUGGCUGAUGAAACUGGUCUGGAUUUUACUGAUCAAAUUGGUGCUUUGGAAAACAAGUAUCAACAGGCUCUGAAAGAUUUAUACACACAUUUGACACCUAUUCAACGCCUGGCCAUUGCUCGACAUCCCAACAGACCAACAGCUCUUGAUCAUAUAUUGAAUAUCACAGAGAAGUGGGUGGAACUCCAUGGAGAUCGUGCUGGCUAUGAUGAUCCAGCCAUGGUAACUGGUAUAGGAACCAUGGAUGGUAAGAGCUACAUGUUUAUAGGCCAGCAGAAAGGUAGGAAUACAAAGGAGAACAUUUUUCGCAAUUUUGCAAUGCCGACUCCCCAUGGAUAUCGGAAGGCUUUGCGAAUGAUGAAGUAUGCUGAUCAUCAUGGUCUUCCUAUCAUAACAUUUGUUGACACUCCGGGGGCUUAUGCUGAUCUUAAAUCGGAGGAACUUGGUCAAGGGGAAGCAAUUGCACACAACCUGAGGACCAUGUUUGGCCUUAAAGUGCCAAUUGUAACGGUUGUCGUUGGUGAAGGUGGUUCUGGUGGGGCUUUGGCCAUUGCUUGUCCCAAUAAAUUGUUUAUGCUCGAGAACUCCGUUCUAUACGUUGCAAGCCCUGAAGCAUGUGCUGCUAUACUAUGGAAAUCUUCCCAAGCGGCUCCUAAGGCAGCUGAAAAACUGAGGAUAACAGCUCAAGAACAUUACAAGCGCAAAAUUGCCGAUGGUAUCAUCCCCGAACCUCUUGGAGGCGCACAUGCUGAUCCUGUAUGGACUUCCCAACAAAUUAGACUUGCAAUCACUCAGGCCAUGGAUGAACUAACAAAAAUGGAUACGGAAGAGUUGCUUCAUCAUCGUAUGCUUAAAUUUCGAUCAAUUGGAGGUUUCCAAGAAGGCAAGCCCGUGGAACCUGAAAGAAAACGAAACAUGAAGCCUUCGGAUGCUAGCAUGUUAAAUGCUGCAGAUAUAGAAUCAGAUCUUGAGAAGUUAAAGAAGAAUAUCUUGGAGGCUAAGGUACCUUCCGAUCCUAUCACGGACCAAGCAAUAGAAAAACUUAAGCAGGAUGUUGACAACGAGGUCACGAGAGCGUUUAUUUCAAUGGGAUUGCAAGAGAAGCUUGAAUCACUUAAGUUGGAGUUAUCCCGAGCCUCUGAUAAUCAGACCCUUAAUCGUAAUUUGAAGGUGAAGGUGGAUAAACUUAUGCAAGAAUUUAAGCAAAAUUUGUCGAGACCAGGGACCUAUCUUGGUUUAAAACAAAAGCUUGAAAAGCUAAGCAUGGUUAGCAGACUCAUUGAGCAGAAAGAGAAAGGUAAGAAACUGAAAGCCGAGAUUAAUCAGAAGAUUCCAUCCGAGAUCAAAGAAAAGUUGGAACAAUUGCAAACCGCUCAGGCGAACUUAUCGAAAGGAGAUCCACUCGAUGAAGAUUUGGUGGCCGAGGCAGUAAAAGCUAAGAAAGAACUGAUUGAAGUUUUGAAGUCAGCAAACUUGGAAAUUGUUGGAGUGGCAAAGAGAAAGGCCGCUGCGGAACUACAAGAGAAGAUCGUAAACGUGAAGAAAGAGAUUGAUGGAGAGAUCGAAAGGGUAAUCGAUAUAGCCGGUCUUCAUGGAAAAAUCGAAGAAUUGAAAGCGGAGAUGGCGAUAGACUCUAGUUCACCAAAGGUAGAAAAAUUACAAGCAGAGAUCAAGGAGGAGAUUCGUACCUCCUUGGAUGACACAGCAUUGAAACAGAAGGUUGAGAAUCUAAGAAGAGAAUUUGCAACAUCCUCAGAAGAAGUUAUCGACGAUAAAGUUAUCGCUGAAAAUGGAAGAUGGUGAAAAACACAACAUCUUACAUAUUAUAGAGUAAGGGUGUGAUUUCAUGUUGCAGAUCAGGAUAUAUACAAUAAGUAUUUUUUUUACAUUAAAAAUGCUACCCUUUGGCAUAUGGUGUUGUCUUAUUUUUUGUUUUUAUUUUAUGUUAAUUGAAUAGUUUUGUAUGUUGAAGAACUUAAACAAUGAUGCAAUGUAACGAGUAAAAAUGUUAACCCUUUUUAAGGGUAUUCAUUUUGAUUUUUUUGA